AUGCUCUUCACCAUGUCCAAGCUCAGCGGCCACGGCGGCACCAGGCUCGGGUGGGCGCUGGUCAAGGACAGCGAUGUGGCCAAGAAGAUGGUCUACUUCGUGUAUGGGAGCACCAUCGGCGUGUCCAAGGACUCGCAGCUCCGUGCCGCAAAGAUCCUCGGCGUCGUCUCCGACGCCUACGAACCUGGCCCCGGGGACGGCACGCAGCUCCGCCUCUUCGACUUUGCGCGACGCCGGACGGGGGAGCGCUGGCGGGCCCUGCACGCCGCCGUGGCGGCAACGGGCACCUUCAGCCUCCCAGAUGAGAUCACGGGCUACUGCAACUUCACCAAGCAAACCGUGGCAGCGUACCCCGGUACGCUAGUAGCACUACAUGCCAAUAUAAUUCCGUCAUUGCUCCAACUUGAUCUGAAUUCUCAUGCAUUCUCAGCCUUCGCGUGGCUGCGCUGUUACAAGGAUGGCGUGGAGGACUGCGCCGAGUUCCUGCGCGGGCACGGCAUCGUGGCGCGGGGCGGGGAGCAGUUCGGAGGAGACGCCAGGUGCGUCAGGGUCAACAUGAUGGACAGGGACGCUGUGUUCAACGUGCUCAUACAGCGUCUCUCCUCCAUAACAUGA